AUGGCGACCACCCAGACCAUCGCCACCGCGGAGCCCGCUCCGGCGCAGCAGCCCAAGCCGCUCGGCCGCCCUCCCAAGGCCCCGCUGGCCGAUGCGGAGGCGCCGAGGAGCCCGUCGCCGGUGUCCCCGCUCACGGCCGUCGCGCAAGGGUACGAGCGCCAGAGGGAGGACAGGAUCCGGGAGAACAGGGAGCGCAUGCACAAGAUGGGCCUCCUCGACCUCGCCAACACCUUCAACCUGUCCGCUACACCCGCCGGCACCGGCACCGGCACCGGCCGUGGGCGCUGGCGCCGCAAGCCGGAGACGCCGGGAUCCGACUCCGCUGCUCCCAGGAUCAAGCCCGCCGCCCCGUUGCCCGUGCGCCGGUCCCUCAGGCUGACGAGCGCGGAGCCAGUUAGCUAUGCCGAAAUUCCCACCAAAAAGGAGAAGCAAGAACGUGGAAGUGCUUUCUCGAUUGAGCACGGAUGCAAAGAAGAGGUUUACACUGAGGAGCAUGAGAAGCUUUUAGGUAAAUGUGAGGCUCCCUGGACUCUCUUUGUUGACGGCUAUGACAGAGACGGUAAGCGCAUCUAUGAUCAAGUCAGGGGCCAGACCUGCCAUCAGUGCCGACAGAAAACUCUGGGCCACCAUACAAGAUGCUGCAAUUGCCAAAUUGUCCAAGGACAGUUCUGUGGGGAUUGUUUGUACAUGAGGUAUGGUGAGAAUGUGCUAGAAGCUAAGAAGAAUCCUAAUUGGACAUGUCCAGUUUGUCGUGGCAUUUGCAAUUGCAGUAUCUGCAGAACUAAGAGAGGAUGGUUCCCCACUGGCAAUGCAUAUAGGAAGGUUGUCAGACUUGGGUACAAAUCUGUGGCACACUAUCUCAUUGCAACACAGCGAGCAGGAGCCAACUCUGAGGAUUCAAGCUCUGCUGACUCCAACGAGUUGCCAUCUACUGACGAGGUUUCUGAGCACGCACAAGUUGCGAAGCAGGGACUAGAGGAUGCUGCUGAUAUGAGCAGCAAAGUGAUGAAUGUCCAGACUGAAGGAAGCAGAAAGGCAGCUGUCGAAGGUGUAACAAGAGCCAACGCCCCAGGGAAGAAGAUAACAUCUGAUGUCUGCAAGGAUGAUAGCAGAAGCGAGUCUGGAGUGACAUUUGACUCUCUGGAUGGUCAGGCUAACCAUGACAUUGGCUGUGUCACUCCAUCCAAGCGGGAGCCAAAGAGGAGGAAGAAGUUGGUUGAACGAAGCCCCGAUUGUGUGGCAAGCAGACUGCGGUCCCGGUCUGCCAAGUCAUGAACACUUGGCCUUGUGAGCUGGCGACUCCUUUAGCUUAUGGCAUUAUCUUUCACUGGCCCAAGGUUUGUGGUGCGUUUUGGUUCUAGAGUCGUCAUCUCGUUG